AGUCUGCUUCUCUGGUGUGUGUGUGUGUGAGUGAGUGAGUGUGUGUGUGUGUGUGUGUACCGCUGCAUGAGCUGGUUUAAAGGGGCGGGCUGCGCGCUGUGUGACGAAUAAAAAGCUGGAGCCUAUAGAUCAGUGCGAGGCUUUUUAACCGGGUAUAACCAGUCAGCCUUAAAGGAAACAUCUUCAACCACAGGGACCGAGCUGUGAAGGUGUGAAAAGCGACGCAAACAUGAGCGACAAGGGGACAGUUUCACCUAAAGAGGAAACAGAGAAGAGGGGGCGUGGAAGACCCCGCAAGCAGCCCCAGGUGAAAACCUCUGACGAACCAAGUGGGUCCCCAACUCCAAAGAGGCCCAGAGGACGACCAAAGGGCAGCAAAAACAAGUCAUCGAGCAAGGGCAAAAAGGCGACGGCAGCCCCAUCUGCAGGAGGAAAACGCAGGGGAAGACCCAAGAAGGAGGAGAAGGAAGAAAAAGCGUCCCAGGAAUCAUCUGAGGCGGAAGAGGAAGAGGACCAGUAAUUCACAACGCAUGCUACCUCACUCAACAUACUGACUUACUGUUAACCAGAACUGGGCUGUAUCUCCAACACCAGUGCCACCACAUGACCACUGUUCACGACAGAGCCCCCUUUGCCAAAAGGAGGCUUAACACAGUACAUAAUCAUGCAACAGCACUGGAUAGAACGAUGGACCUUGCUCAAGCAUAGAUCUAAGAAUUACAUGAAAGGUAACAGCCCUUUUCUCUACAUGUCAUGCUAUCACAAGUCUUUUAUACUGGACAAAGGUGUGCUCCACAGAGCCUGGAUGUUUCUGUUUCCCAUAAAAGAUGGUUUGUAGGACAUUUUCUCUGCUCAACGUUACCUAUUUGUUGUUCCCGCAUCUGAGAUGGUAGGGCAUAUAGAUUUUUCUCCAUGUUUUGUACUGGACAAAGGUGAAUUUUACCUAUACUUGUUUGUUUUUUUUCUUUUGUGUGUUCAUGUGAAAUGGUUAACCAUUGCAUCAUGUCUAUAGAUGGAGUUGAGCUUCAGCUUUUAGGAUGAGAAUAGGUAACUGGUGGUGUUUUUCUUUUUCCACCCCUCUUCCCAUGUCUAAUCGACAUAACAGACUUCACCUCAUCGUCUCACCAGUAGAGCAGAAUCAUUGUCACCACCGCCCCCCCCCUCCUCGGUUUAGAUUUAGAUAUGCUUCUUCCUUCUCGGUACUCGGCGUGUAGAGGGGAGAUGUUUCAUUACUAAUCAGAAUAGUCUGAUCAGACUUACUGUUUUUGUUCCUUCGGGUUACUUACCGUUUAAAGACAAAAAAAACAUGAGUGUGCUGCUUUUCAUGUCAUAAUAAAAAUCAAACUAUAUGGUAUAACGUGUGUUUUUAAGGAUAGGAUAGGGUAACUUGGCAGAGGCUGAAAGCAUCAGCGUUGUUUCUUCAGGGAGCUUUUACAAAAUGCUGUUACAUUGGUCCUCAGUUUCCACGCGCCCGCUCAAUCACUCGAGGCAGACACGCAGAGGAUUGUAAUGGAGGAUAGUUGGUGGCACUGCUAUCCAACAGGGCUGAACGUUUUCAUUCCACGUAGCACUCACUGCUUCACCUAGGGUUGGUCUUUCUGUCAAAACUUAGUAUUGUUAAAAUAUACUUUUCUUAGUCUUUUUUGAAGAUGUGUGUUGUAUGACAUCGGCUAAAGAAAAUAAAAUGUUUGAGUAUUUCUAAGUGUCAGGGAACCCGCGGUCACAGUCCACUUAAACUGGGUUUUUCCAUACACCUAAGCUGCUACAACCUCAGUUACGAAACCCGGAAAACUGCAAACAGGCGAUACACGGCCUGGAUUUCAUACCUCACUCAACAGCUUACUUUACCAUAUAAUUGCAUUUAACUGGUUUUCUGUUGUUUUUAAAUGUAACCUCUGGCAUGAGAUGGAAAGAUGUCGUUAUUACAAAGUUUGUGUAACUUACUUUUUUUUUUUUUCCUGACUGUUAUAAGGUAACUUUUUUUUUUAGAUGUCAACCGUGCGAUUGUGUUCAAACACAAAAACAUGUCUUGGCUCGUGCAGACAGGUUGUUUUUAAAGCAAGUCAGGGAGACCUGUCAGCUUGACAACUGUGUUCGCUGACUGUGGUAGAUUAGCAGGUGUGUUUUUAUCCUUUUGAAAAGUUUUUUUCUUCUGGUGCACUGAAAUGUUGGUUCUGAUUUUCAUGGACAAAUGUUUGUGUGUUUGUGAUAGACAGGGCGCUCUUUCCACUUUACUGUUCUGUUGGACAUUUGUGUGUUUGGCACAGCCGCCCUCACCGUACUCGUACAACGGUCAUGGUUCACGUCAUUUUUUUUCAGCAUCCUCCAAAUACUCUUGACAAUAUCGGUGUCGUUCUACAUACCGACAUCUUGCAUCCGUUCAUUUAUAUACCGUAAAACUCAACAGGAUGGGAUCAUUCUUUUUAAUGUACACCGUAUAUAAAUGUACAAUGUCUAUAUUUCUAUGGUGCCCUACAACAAUUUGUAUCAGAAAUGGUCAAUAAAGAGAAUUUUCUUUGUCAA